CUCUCUCUGAGUGAGUGAGUGAGUGAGUGUGUGUGUCCCGGAGUCAGCUCGAGGAUCCAGAGAGAGGGAAUAAAUAAAUAAAUAAAUAACAAAUAACCGACGUGUAAGGACGACUCGGGUGCGCUCCUCGCGCCGUGUUUAUUUAUUAACAUCUGUCAUCUGUAGCAGUUUAGCGGCUAACAGAGCUAGCCUAGCGCCCCUCCAGCCGAGCCAGACUCCUGUGAGCCAUUAGCGGGCUCUUUUGGCUCACGUCGCCGGGAUAGCACAGUCCUCCCCUCUGACUCGGGAGCUAAAAAAGUCAACUAAAUGAUUAUGGAGAGGAAGAGGAUCGACUGCCCGGCUUUACCCCCGGGCUGGAAGAAAGAAGAGGUGAUCCGGAAGUCGGGACUCAGCGCUGGCAAGAGUGAUGUUUAUUACUACAGUCCGUCAGGGAAGAAGUUCAGAAGCAAACCUCAGCUGUCUCGAUACCUCGGGAACACCGUCGACUUGGGAUGCUUCGACUUCCGCACGGGGAAGAUGAUGCCCAGCAAAAUGCAGAAAAACAAACAGAGGCUUCGCAGCGAGCAUCUCAGUCUGUCCAAGGGAAAACCAGACCUAAACACAGCACUGCCCAUCAGACAAACGGCCUCCAUCUUCAAACAGCCCGUCACCAAAGUCGUCAACCAUCCCAACAACAAAGUCAAGACGGAUCCACAGCGAGCAACCGAACAGCCCCGGCAGCUCUUCUGGGAGAGGAGGUUGAAAGGUUUGAGGUCGUCAGACGUCACAGAAGAGGUUCUCAGAACUAUGGAGCUUCCUAAAGGUUUACAAAGUGUAGGUCCGGAUUCGUCAGACGAGACGUUGCUGUCGGCCAUAGCCAGCGCUCUACACAUGAGUUCAGGUCCCAUCACGGGUCAGACGUCGAGCGCGGCAGAGAAAAACCCAGCUAUCUGGCUCAACACCUCCCAGCCACUGUGCAAAUCUUUCAUCGUCACCGACGAGGACAUCAGGGAGCAGGAGCGGAAGGUGUACCAGGCCAGGAGGAGUCUGGAGGAGGCUCUGAUGGCUGACGGUUUGGCGCGGGCCGCCGAAUCUGCCAGAGACAUGGAGGGCAGAGCGGCGUAGAGACUCGAGCAGAACGCACUGAAUUCAGGCAGCACCCCCUUCUGACCCCUCCCCUCAGAGAUGAUGUCAUCAGUCUGCACUCGGACCUGUCCCCGCAGACCUAAGCACACUUUACACACUCACGGACAAACAGCUUCAACCAAGGGCUUUUCUUUACCUCCCCCAUCCCUUUUUUUUUUUUUUUUUUUUAAUUCUAGAGCAUAUAUUUUUGUGUACAUAUCUAUAUGAGUCAGAAUAAUGCUUAUUUUGUGUGCAAAAACAAAAAAACAUUUGAAACAUUUUUUUCUACAUUAAAUCAAUGAGCAAUACUUCUGAAAAACUGAAUCAGGUUGCAAUCUGCUGGAUUUGUAUUGCUAACUUUUUUUUUCGGUCUCUGACAGUUAUAAGGGAUUCCUUAUUUUUCAGGGUUUGUAAUGAAUAAUGCAUUUACAUACUUAUUAAUGAGAACUUGCUUAUUUAAGAGAAAUAAUUUUAUACCUUGGAAUAAAAAAAUACUUGUACAUUUUGCGCAUCAUGAUAGAAUAAAUAAAUAAUAAUGUUCACA